UUAGCCAAGUUUCUCAUGACUGUCAAAGUUGAAUAUUUGAGAAAAAUUCAUUUAUGGAAUUAAUGCCAAUUUCUGUUCUUAAUUCCAAAGGAAAUUCAAAUUUCUAUUUACACCCACAAGAAGGACGAUGCCCAAUUUUCUCCUUGUUUCACUCUAUUUUUUCUCCUCAUAGAAGAAGAUCACAGAGAUGAAGGGAAGGGGAUAGUACUCCGUACUCUGUUCUUUCCUACAUCAAAGUUCAAACCUAACUUUACUGACCAUUCUAGAGAGAAGAAAGAUAAAGUUUAGUUUUUGAGAGGCUAACCAAUUAGAACAAAUGCCCUUCCCCAACUUGGGUUCUUCUUGGAUUUUGGGUUAAUUUUUGCUUUCUCGAAACUCGCACAAAUUCGAACACAAACUCACAAUAAAGAGAGAGGAAAAGCAGAGUUUUUCUUCAAAUACAGAUAGUAUACUCCACACUGUACUCACCACCAGAAACUCUUCUUCAUUCUGUUCGUUACUCCUUAAUUAGGAUGUAAACACACUACAUUCAACUGGGUUUCUGUCAUUUCCUUUGUUUUUAUCUCUUUGGAAGCUCAGGAAAAUGAAAUGCCCACCAACUGGGAUUUUCCUUCUUCUUUCCAUUUGUUUUCUCUUUAUCUACUAAUGAAAACAGGGGAUUGGGAUUCUUCUUCUCUGUUACCUUUUGAUUCUUUGAAUUGAAUGGUGCGUUUGGGUUUCGUUCGAAUUCUUGUUAUUUGAUUGAUUUCAUUUCUUAAGCGCUUAAGAAUCGUUGGGAUUUCCCAUUGUUGUUGUGAGUUUGUGACUUUUGGAAAUAGUUUCAUGAAUCAGUGAAGCAAUGAGAGAUGGAAAUUCUAAGAAAAGCAAGCUUUCAUGGACCAAGACAUUAUUCAAGAAGUGGCUCAAUAUCAAGAGCAAAUCAGAAGAUUUCGAAGCAGACGAUAGCGUUUACGGUGGGGAUGGAAACUGGAGAAACAGCCAUCCAGAGGAGGCAUGUGCCACCAAGAAAAGCCAAACAGAGGGAUCAAGCAAGAGGAACUUUGAAGGAAUCCUCCAGCAUAGUUUUGAAUUUGACUCUCCACAGACCAAUGAUGUGAACAACUACAGUAUCUUUGUAGCUACUUGGAAUGUUGCUGGAAGAUCGCCUCCAAAUCAUUUAAGUCUAGAUGAUUGGCUUCCCAGCUCAACUCCUGCAGAUGUAUACGUUCUUGGAUUUCAGGAAAUUGUUCCUCUGAAUGCUGGCAAUGUGUUGGGAACAGAAGACAAUGGCCCAGCUAAGAAAUGGCUUGCUCUUAUUAGAAAGACUCUAAAUUCUCUGCCUGGCACUGGUUAUCAAGCAUCUUCCCCAUUCCCUGAUUCAUUCACCAAUAUGGAUGCAGAUUUUGAUGGAUCAACAAAGCACAAGGCUUUGUCAUAUUUCCAUCGACGAUCAUUUCAGUCUACUAAUCGAAGUAUGAGAAUGAAUAGUAACAUUUCAACACAAAAGACUCAAUUUGAUCGACGAUUCAGCGAUUUUGAUCAGGUUAUGUUUGGGCAUAGGCCAAGUGAUUAUGAUCCUACUUGCAAAUGGGGCUCAUCUGACGAAGAAAAUGGACUGGGGGACUCUCCAUUUGUCUCCCAAUAUUCGCCUAUUUCCCGCUGUGGUUCCUUCUCCAUUGAUGAUGGAGAUAGGCAACCGGGACGUUCAAGGUAUUGUUUAGUUGCCAGUAAACAAAUGGUUGGUAUAUUUCUUACUGUGUGGGUGAAGAGCGAAAUGAGGGACGAUGUCCACAAUUUGAGAGUGUCUUGUGUAGGCAGAGGAUUGAUGGGUUAUCUUGGAAAUAAGGGAGCAAUCUCAAUUAGUAUGUCAUUGCACCAAACAAGCUUCUGCUUCAUUUGUAGUCACUUAUCAUCCGGGCAGAAGGAGGGUGAUGAGUUUAGGAGGAAUGCCGAUGUUAUGGAGAUACUUAGGAAAACCAGGUUCCCCAGAGCUAAUGGCAUGGAAGAUGAGCAGUCCCCUCAAACAGUUCUAGAGCAUGAUCGGAUUAUCUGGCUGGGCGAUUUGAAUUAUAGGAUUGCCUUGUCUUACCGAUCUGCCAAGGCUCUCGUCGAGAUGCAGAACUGGAGAGCAUUGUUGGAGAAUGACCAGCUGAGGAUAGAACAAAGAUGUGGUCGGGUUUUUGAAGGAUGGAAAGAAGGAAAAAUCUGCUUCCCUCCGACUUACAAAUAUUCUUACAACUCAGAUAGAUACUCGGGAGAUGCCAGGUAUCCGAAAGAAAAGCGGAGGACUCCUGCUUGGUGUGACCGAAUAUUGUGGCAUGGUAGGGGUCUGAAUCAAUUGUCUUAUGUUCGUGGUGAGUCGAGAUUCUCAGACCAUAGACCAGUUUGCAGUGUGUUUUUGGCUGAGGUUGAGUCCCUAACUCAUAACCGGAUUAAGAAGGGUCUGAGUUAUUCCAGUUCAAAGAUUGAAGCUGAAGAGCUAUUGCCAAAACAUGAAUGGUUAUUCGGGACAUAAUUUCUUUGGCAAAUCUUCUAGACGCACGAAACUUCAAAAGAAAAGGCAGUUUACCAAGGGAUCCAAAGGUUUGCUAUAUGGUGGGCACUGCCAAAAGGCUCCUUUGUCUCCAUAAUUAUGAAGGUUUCUAAUGCCUAAAAUCCGAAAAAGAAGAUGAAACACAAGUUGAUCUUCUCCACGCGGUUUUUAUCAACAGUACUUCAUGGAAGGUCCAAACAUGAUAUCAGUAGCAAGGACAAAUGAAGGGAGAGAGAGGGGACAAGUCCUUCAUGUCUAAAUCAUUUGCAGCCCCCUUGAAAUGAAAGGAAAUAAAUAAAUGGGACCCCUUUUUUCUUUGAGGGAAGUAAGGAUUGGCUUCAAAAAAUUAGGACACUUUUUCCUGUUUUCUUUUUGUCAUUUAAAUAUUCUAUUGUUCUGGAGAAUAGAAAAAGGAACUUGUACAGAUGACAUCCAAUUUUCAACUGCAAGUGGAGAAUAAAAAAAAAAAGCUCUAUAUCCAUUCAUGUGGGUCUUGGUUCUGCUGAGCAUUACUGA